AUGAGUUCAGAUUAGUCAAUUGAUAAUAAUUCAAAUCAUUGGGAAUAAUUUGAAUAAUUUAGAAAAAAAAUUACUUAAGAGUGUUAGAGUGAAGAAAAACACUUUAAAACUAAAAGGGAUUCAUACACUUCAUUAGAAAAAAUUAGAAAAUCUUCAAUCCAUGAUGAAAGUGGACCUAAAGAAGUGUAAUUCACUGUUGAUAGCAAACCUCCAAUACUUGUAUAACCAAGUGAAGCUGAUAGAAUAAUAAAAUUAAGAAUAGAGAAUUAAGAAUUAAAAGAAAAAUUAGAAAAAUAUGAAAAAAAUUAAUAAGAGCAUUAAACAAAUUCAGAAGAAUUAGAAUUAAUUAAAUAAGCACAUGCAAAAUAAUUAAAGUCAUAAAAGGAAUAUUAUGAAGUUGAAAAUAAUUAAUUGAAAAAUAAGAUAAAUUCAUUUAAUGAAGAAUUAGAGGAAUUAAAAAAAGUAUAUAAAGAAAAAAAUAUGAAGUUGUAUAAUCUUGUAUUACAAUUAGAAUAAGUAUAAAAUAAUAUUUAUAUCCAAUAGGAAAAAUAAUAAUUGAUAGAUAAAAAUAUCUAAUUAUUAGAGAAUAGAUAAUAAAGUUCAUAAUAAGAUGUUCAUCAUCUUGUUGAAGAGAGAACAAGAGUAUUGAGUGAAUAAAUAUAUUAAUUAGAAGAAAGAAAUGCUAAAUUAUAAGUAGAGAAAAGUAAAAUUGAAGAAAAAUAUAUGAAUGUAUUGAGUGGUAAAUAGUAAUCAAUGUAAAAAACAUUAAGAUCAGAAAGAUCUGAAAGAAAAGAAACAAAGAAUUGUGAUACAGAUCGUAAAUCAGUUGAAAAAUUAAAUCGAUCUUCAAUACAUAAAUCUGAUUGCAAACCUCCAAUACCUACAUCAAUUAGUUAAAGUUUUGAACAUCUACCACCAUCCUAAAAACCAAUAUUAAAACCUUCUAAAUUAAAUAUUUCUUCAAAAGAGAAUUUAUAAACUAUGAAUCACUCAAAAAUACUUGAUACACCUAAAUCAACUAGAAAAUCCUCUAGAGCAUAAUCUUCUGUUUCUAAAAAAGUAACAAAACCCUAAAGUUAAACUUAAAAAGUUGUCAAAAAAAAGUAAAUAUAUUCUAAAAUUAAAUGA